UGCCAUGGACGGCCAGCUGUUGCCUGUGCUGCUGCUGCUGCUGCUCGGGGCCUCGAGCCCAUGGGGGCAAGGGUUGGGGCCUGGGGGGUCCUCAGAGGAGCCCCCUGAGGAGGCUGUGCCCGAGGAGGAUGGGAUCCUGGUGCUGACCCAGCACACCCUGGGUCCAGCCCUGCAGGAGCACCCAGCCCUGCUGGUGGAGUUCUACGCCCCAUGGUGUGGGCACUGCAAGGCACUGGCUCCAGAGUACGGCAAGGCGGCAGCCCUGCUGGCAGCGGAGACAGUCCAGGUCAGGCUGGCCAAGGUGGACGGGCCCUCAGAGCCAGAGCUGACCGAGGAGUUCUCCGUAACCAGCUACCCCACACUCAAGUUCUUCCGAGGCGGGAACCGCACACACCCAGAGGAGUAUACAGGCCCCCGGGAGGCAGAAGGCAUCGCAGAGUGGCUCCGGCGGCGGGUGGGGCCCAGUGCUACCCGGCUGGAGGACGAGGAGGGGGUCCAGGCACUGAUGGAUGCCCGGGAGGUGGUGGUGGUAGGCUUCUUCCAGGACCUGCAGGAUGAGGACGUGGCCACCUUCCUGGCCUUGGCCCAGGAUGCCCUGGACAUGACCUUUGGCCUCACUGAUCGGCCACAGCUCUUUCGGAAGUUUGGCCUCACCCAGGACACAGUGGUCCUAUUCAAGAAGUUUGAUGAGGGCCGGGCAGACUUCCCAGUGGAUGUGGAACUGGGCCUGGACCAAGGAGACUUGUCCCGCUUCCUGGUGACACACAGCAUGCACCUAGUCACCGAGUUCAACAGCCAGACAUCUCCCAAGAUCUUUGGGGCCAGGAUCCUCAACCACCUGCUGCUUUUCAUCAACCAGACGCUGGCUGAGCACCAGGAGUUGCUGGCCGGCUUCGGGGAGGCAGCUCCCCCAUUCCGGGGGCAGGUGCUGUUUGUGGUGGUGGAUGUGGAUGCUGACAAUGACCACGUGCUGCGGUACUUUGGGAUGCGGGCAGAGGAGGCCCCCACUCUGCGCCUGGUCAAUGUGGAGACUACCAAGAAGUAUGCACCUACAGACAGGAGUCCGAUCACCGCAGCCUCUGUGGCUGCCUUCUGCCACGCCGUCCUCGGAGGCGAGGUCCAGCCCUAUCGCCUGAGUCAGGACCUCCCUCCCGACUGGGACCAACGGCCUGUCAAGACUCUGGUGGGCAAGAACUUUGAGCAGGUGGCUUUUGACGAGAGCAAGAAUGUGUUCGUCAAGUUCUACGCCCCCUGGUGCUCACACUGCAAGGAGAUGGCCCCAGCUUGGGAGGCGCUGGCUGAAAAGUACAAGGAUCAGGAGGACAUCGUCAUCGCAGAACUGGAUGCCACAGCCAAUGAGCUAGAGGCCUUCCCUGUGCAUGGCUUCCCUACGCUUAAGUACUUCCCAGCGGGCCCAGGGCGAAAGGUGAUUGAGUACAAGAGUGCCAGGGACCUGGAGACUUUCUCCAAGUUCCUGGACAAUGGGGGUCAGUUGCCCACAGAGGCCGAUGAGGAACCUACUGCCCCAAUGCCGGAACCCCCAGCCAAUGCCACCACGGAGCCCAAGGAGGAGCUGUAACCCUCGAGUGCCCUACUGCGGUGGGCCUGAAUAAAGAGCCUGGGUCCUGAA